UAAUGGUGGAUGAAAGCGGACUCCGUCGCAGAGAGUGGGCGAGGGAAGGGCGGCAGCAGCGGCGGCUGAGGGUACAAAACCCGCGCGACGGGCGUCGCCAGGACAUUCGGCUCCCAAUGGCGCUUCUGCACCAGUCGCUGGUGCCGGCGUUGACGCCGCUCCUGGCGUUGGUGCUGGUGGCGGCGCGCGCGCCACAAGUGGUAGCCGAACUCCAGGCCCUAGAGGUGGGGGCGGAGCCUUUUUACGAGGAUCUGCGUCCGAAUGAGCUGACAGCUUUCUUGGCGACGCUGCUUCGUCAGGCCGCUCGCCGCAAUCUCUCCGUGCGCUUUGGCUUGAGUCGCCGAUGAACUGCUGGUGAGCCGUUGGAAAUGCACAAGUGAAAUGCAGGACUCAAACUAG